GCAUGUCCACUCUGAUUGGAUAGCAGCGGCGCGCCAAACGUCACGUGGUCUCGGUUUUCGCGCGAAAGCCUCCAGCACAGUCGUGUGGAGAGACGUUGUCGUGUUUCUCUAACGACUUUCACAUACUUUUAAACUCCACUUUAUCGGAAUCUUUCAUUGUAAUUAUCAUAAUAUUACAGCAUGGACGUGGCAGCAGCAACUGCAACGGCAGAAAAUGGCAGGGAGAUGGUGAAGGACGAGUUAGCGGAGAAAUGCCAGAAGUUGUUCCAGGCUUUUCUAGAAGAGUUUCGGGCGGGUGAUGGAGAGGUCAAGUAUGUACGUGAGGCGGAGGAGCUGAUCAGACCUGAGAAAAACACCCUGCUAGUCAGCUUUACAGAUCUGGAAGGUUUUAACCAAGAGCUGGCCACUACCAUCCAGGAGGAGUACUACAGAGUCUAUCCUUUCCUGUGUCGGGCUGUGCGCAACUUCGCCCGGGAUCAUGGGAAUGUUCCUCUAAACAAAGAGUUCUAUGUCGCAAUUGAGGAUCUUCCUACCAGACACAAAAUACGUGAGCUGUCCUCCAUGCGUAUUGGAACCUUGGUGAGGAUCAGUGGUCAGGUGGUGAGAACGCAUCCUGUCCACCCUGAAUUGGUUAGUGGCACCUUCCUGUGCACGGACUGUCAGGCAGUGAUUAAAGAUGUCCCUCAGCAGUUCAAAUACACUCCACCGGCCAUCUGCAAGAACCCCGUGUGCAACAACCGUGCCCGCUUCCACCUGGACACGCACAAAUCCAAAUUCAUCGACUUCCAGAAGGCAUGUGUGUAUAUAUAUAUAUAUACCAAACUUGAACGUCGUCACCUUUGUUUGUCAAUCUCGUCAAAAACGGUUUUCAAAUCUCUAACAGGGAACGACGAGGUGAAACGCGGAGUCCUGCUGAUGCUGUUCGGAGGCGUCCCCAAGACGACCAUGGAGAGAACCUCACUGAGAGGAGAUAUUAAUGUCUGCAUCGUAGGAGACCCAAGUACCGCCAAGAGCCAGUUCCUCAAGCACGUCGAGGAAUUCAGUCCCAGAGCUGUGUACACCAGCGGCAAAGCCAGCAGUGCCGCGGGUCUGACAGCCGCCGUUGUCAGAGACGAGGAGUCCCAUGAGUUUGUCAUCGAGGCCGGAGCUCUGAUGUUGGCCGACAAUGGUGUGUGUUGCAUUGAUGAAUUUGACAAGAUGGAUUUGAAGGAUCAGGUGGCCAUUCAUGAGGCUAUGGAGCAGCAGACCAUCAGUAUCACAAAGGCUGGAGUCAAGGCCACUCUGAACGCCCGCACGUCCAUCCUGGCUGCUGCCAACCCAGUCGGUGGAUGCUAUGACCGGAGCAAAAGCCUGAAACAGAACGUGAACCUGAGCGCUCCGAUCAUGAGUCGUUUUGACCUCUUCUUCAUUCUGGUGGACGACUGUAACGAGGUGACGGACUACGCCAUCGCCCGCCGCAUUGUUGAUCUGCACUCCCGGGUGCAGGAGUCGGUAGACAGACUCUACUCCCUGGACGAGAUCCGCAGAUAUCUUCUCUUUGCCCGGCAGUUCAAACCCAAAAUCUCCCCUGAAUCGGAAGAAUUCAUCGUGGAGCAGUAUAAGCACCUGCGGCAGCGCGAUGGCUCCGGAGGUGUGUCCAAGUCGGCGUGGAGGAUAACUGUGCGGCAGCUCGAGAGCAUGAUCCGUCUCUCGGAGGCCAUGGCUCGUAUGCAUUGCAGUGACGAGGUGCGACCCAAACACGUGAAGGAAGCCUUCCGUCUCCUCAACAAGUCCAUUAUCAGAGUGGAGACGCCCGACAUCAACCUGGAGCAGGACGAAGAGAUGGAGGAAGAACAACAGAAUGAAGAGGAUAACAUUCCUAACGGAGUAAAUGGCCAUGUUCCUGCUGUAAAUGGGCACAUAAAUGGCAAGAACGGUGACGUCAACGCUCACGCUGAACCCGGCAGCCAGUCUAAACCAUCGCUCCGCUUGUCUUUUAACGAGUACAAGCGCAUCUCCAACUUGCUCGUGUUGCAUCUGCGCCGAGUAGAGGAAGCUGAGGAAGAGGAAGAGCUAAAGAAGAGCGCAGUGGUGAACUGGUAUCUCAAAGAGAUCGAGUCGGAGAUAGACUCCGAGGAGGAGCUGGUCAACAGGAAGGGCAUGAUCGAAAAGGUCAUUCAAAGGCUGGUGGACUACGAUCACAUCCUAAUCGAGCUAUCACAGGCUGGGCUUAAGGGCUCAGAAUCAGAAAGCUCAGAAGGCGAAGGUGUACUGGUCGUCAAUCCCAACUACGUUCUGGAAGACUGAAGAUUUUCUUUUGCUUACAGUUUAAAUUUUUUUUUUUUUUUUUUUUUUUUUUUACAUGAAAAUGAAAACUAAAGUCAGAGCUCUUAUGUAACAUGUACAGAAUAGUAUUUGGUGAUGCUCCGAGACUUAUCUCUCCUGGGUUAAAAAAAAAAAAAUAGGUCCUUAAAAAAAAUAAGGUUCUUUAUAAAAUAACAAUUUGUAAAUAGUCUGUUAUUCCUUUUUUGGCAAGUAGUUUGCUUCCUUGUGCCUGGUUUUCUGUCCAGUCAACCACCAUCUCUGGAGUCAGUGAAAUUUACAUGUUUGUUAUUUUCACCAUGACUGCCGCUAGAGGGCAUUCUAGGCCUGUGUACCAGUUAUCUUGCACUUCUAGGUAACAGAAGUACAAUGUAACUGUUGUUCCGUAUCUAUUUUUGUAACUAUAAUAUGUUGAAUAAAUAAAGUGUUGUGGAAACCUCUCAAACUCGA